CAGGCUUUCUAUCCAACCGAAAUAAUCGUUUGCAGUAGGUGGGUAUUUCCGGGGAAGGCAGGCUCAAAUCGUUGCUAUGGCCGAAAUGUAACAACUACUGUAGCCAAAGAAGCGGUGUAACAAACUUCUGAGCUUUUGAGAAGAGGGAUGGCUGAGACUGUAGACGCCAAGAAAGAAGAGGCAGAUUACAAAAGGGUCCACAGCUUCCCCCUGAUCAGGCAUACGGACAUGCCUGAGGAGAUGAGGGUGGAGACCAUGGAGCUUUGUGUCACUGCCUGUGAGAAGUUUUCCACCAACAAUGAGAGCGCUGCGAAGAUGAUCAAGGAGUCGAUGGACAAGAAGUUCGGCAGCUCGUGGCACGUGGUGAUCGGGGAGGGCUUCGGCUUCGAGGUCACGCACGAGGUGAAGAACCUGCUCUACAUGUUCUUCGGCGGCAGCCUGGCCGUGUGCGUGUGGAAGUGCUCGUAGCGCGGGCCCUCGGCACCCUCUAAAAACGCUUCACUCCUGUACUGUACUCCACGGGUCAGAGUCACCCUGGACUGUGGGUUUGUGUGUGUGUGGGUGUGUGUGUGCGUAUGUGCGUGCGUGCGUGUGUAGGGUUAGUGAUUGUGAGCACAAAAAUUUUUUAUGUCUACAGUCUGAAUUUUUGGUUUCUCUCCAUCUUGAGGAUCAUAUGGCUCAAUGCAGUAAAAUAGUUUUUAGGUGUGUGUGUGUGUGUGUGUGUGUGUGUGUGCGCGCGUGUGUUUGUGUAAUGUUCUGAUGCAUUUCACUACUUCUUUCUCCGUUUCUGUUUAUCUUUGUAUGUGUCUUUGGAACACUAGAACAUCUGUUGGAAAACUUUUCCUCCAUCUCUUUGUCCCAUUUCCCUAAAUUCUCUCAAGUGCGAUCUGAUAUUUCUGUCCUCAGAUUGUUCCUCUUCCUCUCAGUCCCUGUUUACUUUUUUAAAUGUUUUUUUUAAAAGUUGUAUUUGUAUUUUUUUAAUAAUCAUUGUGUAAAUACUGUAAUGCUAUUGUAAAGACUCAACUGUACUUUUCUAAAGCAACAUAAUGGAAAUGGAAGUUGUUGUUACUCUUGUAAUUUGUAGUUUUACAUGUUUGAUAAAGAAGGGCUCGAUCAUUUUUAAUAACUUGAAAUGCUGACACUCUGAAAUUCAAGCCUAUGGCUGUGACUCAUGGGAAUAUUUUAUUGUUGGUAUUAGUGUCACUAGAAAUGCCACUGGCCAUGUGAUUAAUAUUUGUUGUUUGUAUGGAGUUUUGUAAACAUUAAAGGGAUAAUUAACUCAGAAUUAACAAAAUUUCCUAAAGGGUGAAAAAAAGCCCUUACAUUAAAGGUGUCUUCAGUUGUA